CGCCAUCAAUUCGACUACUGGCAGUUCAGCAACAAUGACGUUGCCCUUUGGUCUGAGGCUAGAGACACUGGCAUUGACGCUGCAGACCACGGCAUUGCUAUGGCUCUGGUGGAAACAGUCGCAACUUGAGUCUGGUGAUUUCCAGAAGAUUAAGAAGCUGGAGUGUGAUGCGACUAGGAAAGAGAAAGCACGCGUUGAUGAAAGACGAGGUCGCGUAGCUGCAGAGAAGGAGCUGCGACGUGUGAUGGAAGAGAAACUGGACACUAGCAAGGGUUGUUUCGUACAGCCUGUGGGAACAGUUCGCUCUUGCUUCAAGGUGUGCUUGGGUGCGUAGAUAUUUAUAUAUUGUAUCGCUUGAUGAUACUAUUUCGUUUUGAUGAGGCUGCACGCUGUGAGGUUGUAGGCACACCUCGUCAAGGUUCACUUGCACCAUCGACGAGGGCAAAGAUUACAUUUCAGCGGAGUAUCUCCCCAGAUACCUUAGUCGGAUUAGAGGAUUUCAGCCACGUCUGGAUCGUCUUCGUUUUCCACCAAAACACGAAUGGCAAGAACACUCGAGCGCACGAGGGUCUCCGAUCGGAUAGCCAUCGGCACACGUUCCGAGCCAAAAUCUCCCCUCCAAUGCUGAAGGAACGAGUAGGCAUCUUUUGCACGCGGUCACCUCACCGACCCAACCCAAUCGGAAUCACGUUGGCAAAGAUUGAGCGUGUCGACAUGCGCAAACGCACGGUGUAUCUAUCGGGAGUUGAUUUGCUCGACGAGACCCCAGUGCUUGAUAUCAAACCGUACAUUGCAGCGUAUGAUAGUCUUCCGGAUGCACUCGCGGCAAACUGGGUCUCCACUCCGCAACCACCCAUCAAAAUUGAAUGGGAGUCAAGUGAUUUGAUACCAACAAUCCACAAACUUUCAACAAACUCUAUACACUACCGCGGCGCUCCCGGGAGGUUUGUGGCCGCCAUUGAAGAAGUUUUGCAAGUCGACGUCCGCAGCAAGUACCAGACACGUCGGUGGACGUCCCCGGACUACGUCAACUAUCAGAUCAUCGACAACGUUCGCGUACAGUAUCGCUUCGCUCUGUUACCUCGACCGUCUCCUCCUGUGGAUGGCGAACUCAACAUCGACACGGCAUCCAUCCAAAUUUCAGCAGUUGAGGAGGUGAAAACUGCACAACUAGAGAGAACUGAAUAGAGUAACUUGAGCGGUGGCUUGUUGCCAAUCAAAAUGACAACUUCAACUUGAUCCAACC